AUGGACCGCCUGAAAGCGAAACGUGCUGCUAGGCGAACCCAGUCAACGAAAGUAAUGAAUGAGGCGACGACGUUUUUGGAGAGUGACUGCAACGACCGAACGGCGUUAAGCAAGGUUAUCGACAAGCUCGUCGCAAGCCGUGACGAACUUCGGAAGAUCAAUGCCGAGCUCGAGGAAGUGAUUCCGGUAGAGGAACUUGAGAGGGAGUACGAGUCUGCGGCGAAUUAUGACGACCAGGCACUCGAGACCCUGACGCGCCUACGGUGCCGGCUUGAAGAUCUGAGCCUCGGUAACACGCGACAGACUUCUCCUUCGACGACGCUCAACACGCCGCCUGCCCCAACGACAGCUGCAUCCCACAGCUUCGGACCUCGCCUUCCAACGCUAACCAUUAAGCCGUUUCAUGGGGACUUGUGUCAAUGGACGUCGUUUUGGGAGAGAUUCAACGGAGCUGUCCACACGAAUCCCACUCUGAGCACGACGGAUAAAUUUCAUUACCUACACAACUAUUUGGUGGGUGAAGCAGCAGCUGCAAUUGCCGGACUACCAACCACGGAAGCGUGUUAUGAAAGUGCUAUCCAGCUGCUGAAGCAGAGGUUCGGGGACAAGAGCAGGAUCGUACAGCAGCACUUCAGAGCGCUUCGUGAACUGCAGCCCGUGACCUCUCCAUCGGAUACAAGGGAGUUGCGAAGGCUUUACGACGCAGUCCAGCUUAAUGUCCGCUGCCUCAACGUCCUAGACGUCCCAACUAGUAGUUUUUCGGCGAUGCUCUACGACGUUAUGCUUCACUCUUUGCCACAAGAAAUCAUCGUGGCGUUCCACCGCCAUAGACGUCUACAGGAUGAAGCACAAGGCACGGGACGCGCUGCUUCAGGAGAGACAGCCACAACGUCUUGCGAAAAACUUGAGCAGCUCUUGCGGUAUACACAGAUAGAGCUCGAAACAAGAGAGCAAUGUGCUCCAUCGACGUUCUCUACCAAGGGCAGCGGGAACAACAGAAAGCAUGUGCCGUCAUCAUCGGUCCUACAUGCAUCCGAAGAAUCAAAGCAAGUACGGAACGAAUGUUUCUUUUGCAAGUCUAAGAGGCAUAAAACCGAAGCAUGCAGCGCUACCUUCACCAUAUCAGAGAAAAAAGACCGGCUGGCUAAAUUUAUGCGGUGCUAUCGAUGUACUAUGAAGGGCCACCGCGCAAACGAGUGCCGGCGGAGGUUGGUGUGCGUGACAUGCAAAGGCAGGCAUGCUACAACGAUGUGCGACCCAGUUUAUCGUGCGACAAGAGGCGAAAAGUCGCCCAACAUGGUCUCUGCUGCUACUAAGCCAAUAAAAGAAGAGUCACCGCGGUCGACUGCCGUUACAAGCUGUCAACUUGACGAAGCCGUCAACUUACAGACUUUCCGUUCUUGGAUUGUCGGGUUCAACGAGACGUCUUAUGUCAGAGGCAUCUUCGACGGAGGCAGUCAACGCACGUUCAUUAAGGAAGACAUGGUGACACGGUUGGGUCUAAAAAUCCUUAGAGAGACUUGCCUUGCGGUGAACACGUUUGCAUCAGACGCUCCUUCUCGUGUGAGAAAGUGCAAUGUCGUCGAGGUUCGCCUACGUAGCCAGUUUGAUUACAACGAGCACGUCAUCGAAGCCAUCGCCAUGCCAGUAAUUUGCCACGACAUCCCUGCCACGGCUAUGGAAUGCUCCUUCGCAGCCAAAUUGCGAGAGCAAAAUUAUCGGCUGGCAGACGAGCAAACUGUGCCUAGACAGUGUGGCGAAAAAGGAAUUAGCCUGCUCAUAGGAUCUGAUCAACUGUGGAAGAUCGUGAGCGGCGACAUCAUACGCAGCACGGAAGUACAAGGAUUGGUAGCGGUCAAGACCACUCUCGGAUGGACGCUCCAAGGUCCUGUCACAAAAACGAGCUUCAUAAGCGGAACAUCCGAGGUGAUGAUCUGCGUCCUGCGAGUCCAAGCUGAAGAAAGUAAAGGAUUGGAGGAAAACAUACUGGAGUCAUUUUGGACGUUAGAUGCCAUGGGAAUUGCACCAACGGAAGCAACUCACGGGUGCUCAGACACCUUGUCUGUUUUCGAAAGUAAGAUGACAAAGAUCGGAAAAAGGUACCAAGUAGCCGUGCCACGUAAACACCCGGAUAUCGAGAUGCUACAAGACAACUACAGCGUCGCACUUACCCGACUACGAAAUCUGGUUAAACGUAUCUCGCAGUCAGGAGGAUUGCUGGAGAGAUAUGAUACAGCGAUUCGUCAGUACAUUGUUUCCGGCCACGCUGAAGUUGUACUUGACAACGAAUCAAUAGAUGGCCCUGCGUACUACAUGCCACACAGGGAGGUCAUUCGAGAGGACUCACUCACCACCAAGCUCCGCGUGGUCUUUGAUGCGUCGUCUCACGCCAAAGGAGAGAAAUCUCUGAACAGUUGCCUUGAAACUGGACCGAACCUAAACCCGGACCUACUUCAGGUUCUCCUCCGUUUCAGAUGGUAUUUAGUACCAAUGACAGCAGACAUCGAGAAGGCGUUCUUGCAAGUCGAGAUAAGAAAAGAGGACCGUGACCUAUUCAGGUUUAUGUGGUUUGACAAAAGACCUGAUGUCCCUUUCAAGGAAGAAGAAGUACAGAUUUGGCGAAUGACCAGAGUACCUUUUGGAUCUACAGCUAGCUCAUUCAUGCUUACGGCUACUAUCCAGCAUCACUUGAAGAGACAAGUCCAUCCCGAAAAAAAGGCAGUAGCACAGCUACUUCUGAAGUCAUUUUACGUGGAUGACCUCUUAUUCGGAGCGAAUGACAUAGAGGAAGCAGCAACUCUUUACAAGUACACGAAAGAACUGAUGGAUGGUGCUGGCAUGCCUUUAAAGAAAUGGAGCUCAAGCUGCAGAGAACUGGAACAGCUGUUCGACUCCAACGAUGCGCUUACCCAGGAUAGCGCUGGACAUCAAGCAAAAGUUCUAGGAAUGGGUUGGUCCAAAGAAACAGACACCUUUAUCUACAACCCGGAGAACAUCCUGACUUUCUUGGAGAAGGCAAAGGACACUAAGCGUUUUGUACUCCAAACCGUGUCGAGGAUCUACGACCCAUUAGGCUUUCUUGCACCGUACGUGGUACGAGGGAAGAUGCUGUUUCAGCAGUUAUGGAUUUCAAAAGUCGACUGGGAUGAUGAUCUUCCCGAUCACAUUAGGGCAAAAUGGCACGACUGGAGAAACCAGCUUAUUCAGCUUCCGAAAGUCAACGUUCCCCGGAACCUCAGGAGUGGAGUUGCAGCACCACGUGACAAUCAGCUACACGUAUUCGUCGACGCAAGCACAAAAGCGUAUGGAGCUUGUGCAUAUCUUCGUGUAGAAGAUAUGAAUGGAAAUGUAACGAGCACUCUGAUUACAGCCAAGUCAAGGAUAGCCCCAUUGAAAGCUCUAUCAUUGCCAAGACUAGAGCUAAUGGGUGCGUUAACAGGAAGCCGACUGUUAAAAUAUAUAGUGAAAACAUGCGGCGAUCUCAUGCCCAGAGCGCAAUGUUUUCUCUGGACUGACUCAACCAUAGUGCUUGGCUGGUUACAGCGAGAGACUUCGACUUUAGACGUAUUCGUCAAGAACCGAGCCAAGGAAAUUCUGGAUAAUACGUCGGAAUGCACCUGGAGCCAUUGUCCAGGAGAAACAAACCCUGCGGAUAUGAUUACCCGAGGUGUAUCUUUAGACGCAUUGGCUACCGACGUAGUCUGGUGGCAAGGACCCGCUUGGCUCAGUAAAGACUCAGCAAAAUGGCCAGCUGUGAAGAAGUCACCGCCCCAGAUAAACGACAUGCUAGGCAUAACAGUGACAAAGCCAACGACGCUGUACUCAACAGGCAGCACAGUGCAUUUAGCCCCACUGCUGGAUGCCACGAAGUUCAGCUCACUGCACAAGCUCCUUCGGAUCACAGCAUGGGUGCAGCGUUUUGUGUCCAAGGUUAGGUUCAAGACUAAGGAAGAUGGAGCCAUAUCUCCAUUUACUGGUACCAUUUACUCCGACAAUGACCUUACCUUCAAGCGGACGUCUCGGGAGCUACAAAAGAUAUGGAAGGUUAUUCGAAAAGACGACUUCCAGGCUUACAUUGCAAACCAAAGGAUACAGUGGAAGUUCAUAGUCGAAGCGGCCCCAUGGUGGGGAGGCUGGUGGGAACGAUUGGUUGGGACUGUGAAGACGGCACUACGAAAAGUUUUAGGCCGAAGCUGUCUGUGCGCAGAAGAACUAUCAACCAUCUUGACUGAGGUUGAAGCGGUUCUCAAUUCACGGCCACUAACGUAUUGUCGUGAUCGGGCCAGCGAACCUGCAGCUCUCACGCCAGCGCAUUUCCUAGUCGGCCAGCAACUGACGACGUUACCAGAAGGAAAUACAUUGUCAAAACAGGGAGCAAGCCACGGGGCCAAAGACUACCAGCGCCGUUUCCAACAUCGACAGAAAAUGAUGGAAGACUUCUGGAAGCGAUGGAAACAUGAGUAUUUGCUUCAGCUACCAUCUGCUCAUCGCUCACCCACGCAUCACUCAAGAAACUUAAAGGUCGGCGACAUCGUGAUUGUGGACAUUCCUAACACGCCCAAGUUAUUCUGGCCACUAGCCCGGGUUCAAGAAGUGUACCCAGGAAACGACGGAGUGGUGCGCGCCUGUUUAGUGCGAUUACAGGGAGGCAAAGUAGUCAAGAGGCCAGUGCAGAAGCUACAUAGUCUAGAGCUAGAUGAUACCACAUUUGAGGCCCCGGAGGAUGCUCUUGCACUACCUCCAGGAUCGGCCCACCUUUGA